AUGCAGCCUACAACGACUCUGAUCAGCCUCGGCUUGAUGGCCAGCGCUGCCCUCGCCGCUCCUCACAAGCUCUCAGCACGUGCUCCAGGCGGCGACGUUGCUGUUUACUGGGGUCAAAACUCUCUCGCGGCAUCCGAAAACAACGAUUUAUCCACCUACUGCAGCGAUGCCGGAAUUGACAUCAUUAUUCUGGCCUUCCUCAACGAAUACGGCGAGACUGGCAAUAUUCCAUCUGGCACAAUUGGUUUGGACUGCACUAUUAGCACCACUGGCGCUGCUUCAGGCUGUGAUGAUCUUGCUUCUCAGAUUAGCACUUGCCAGUCCAACGGCGUCACAGUUAUCCUAUCCCUUGGCGGUGCAACCGGUGCCUACUCCCUGGAGUCUGAGGAACAGGCUGAGGAAAUCGGCCAGUACCUCUGGGAUGCCUAUGGUGGAGACACCUCUGCUAACAGCAGCGUAACACGGCCAUUCGGUGACGUUUAUGUCAACGGAUUCGACCUUGACCUUGAAGCCAACAGCGGUAAUGAGUAUUAUCAGUAUAUGAUCUCUACCCUGCGCACUAACUUUGACACCGACUCGGACAACACCUACUACAUAAGCGGUGCCCCCCAAUGUGUCAUCCCCGACGCUAAUAUGGGAGAAAUCAUUACUGCUGCUCAGUUUGACUACCUGUGGGUUCAGUUCUACAACAACCCUAGCUGCUCCUACCCAGAAACACUCAACUACGACGACUGGGUCACCUACGUUUCUGGCACCCCCUCUGAAGACGCUAAGAUCUUCAUGGGCGUGCCCGCCUCAACUCUUGCUUCUACCGGCACUACUAGUGGUGAAGAGUAUUACAUGACGCCUGCCGAACUGGCUUCCGAGGUUGCUGCAGUCGAUACAAGCUCCAACUGGGGUGGUAUUAUGAUGUGGGAUGCUGCCUUCUCUGACUCCAAUGUGAUUGAUGGCUGCACAUUCGCCGAACAAGCUGCUAGCAUCUUGGAGACUGGCUCUCCUUGCGGUAGCACCACCGGCACCACCACGACCACAUCCACUGCCCCUACCGCAACCGCCACCAGCACUUCUACAACCACUUCCACUUCCACCACUACCACUACCACCGCCACUUCCACUGCCACAGGCACGCCCGUUGGGCAGUGGGGACAGUGCGGAGGUUCUGGCUACACCGGCUCCACCGUUUGCGCCUCUCCUUACACUUGUGUUGAGGAAACUGAAUGGUGGUCAUCCUGCCAGUAA